AUGGGUCUUUUAGCGCUGGGUACAGCCCUGGACUGGCCAGAGGCCAGAAAAAGAGCGCAGCAGGUCAGAGAAUGGGGCAUCCUGCAACUGUUGGAGAUAUGGAACAAGGCCAAGGGAAAGGAGCGUGAUGCUCUUCUCUGGGGCGACGAGGUCGAAUAUCUCGUUGUGCUAUACGAAAAGGAGGGAUCCAAGGUACUCCUAUCUUUGCGGCAAGCCGAGAUCCUUGAUGCACUCGCUUGCGAUGCCGAGCUUGCGAAGAAGGGCGGAUGCACAGCCGAGGGGCAGGAUGCGGAACUCAAGCAGACUCAAUCCCAGCCCGUGCCGGUAUUCCAUCCUGAAUUUGGAAGAUUCAUGCUGGAGGCAACGCCAGGAAAGCCCUGGGGAAUAGGAUUCAAAGAGCUCCUGGGCGUCGAGCCUGACAUGAAGCUGCGCAGAAGGAUCGCCAAGGAGCACAUGCUACCCACCGAGUACCCCAUCACUCUCACUACGUUCCCACGCAUCGGCAGCCCAGGGCAGUUCACCUUUCCAGAAUAUCCCAUCUCUGGGCCGAGGCUGCGGUCGCAAUUCGUGCCGGACGAGAUUGCGAACCCUCACAUUCGCUUCCCCACGUUAGCUGCUAACAUUCGAUCCCGUCGAGGCCGCAAAGUGCAGGUCAACGUACCCGUGUUCCACGACAAGAACACACCAAAGCCGUGGAAAGACCCAACGGUCGACUUUGACCUCCACCAGUGGCCCGAGGACGACGAUGUGCGCAAUGGCGCCGCGCCGGAUGACCAUAUCCACAUGGAUGCCAUGGCGUUCGGAAUGGGAAGCUGCUGCUUGCAGAUCACGUUCCAGGCCAAGAACAUCACAGAGGGACGGCAAAUGUACGACCAACUAAGCCCCCUGGGGCCAAUCAUGCUAGCUCUCACAGCAGCCACGCCGGUAUACAAGGGCUUCUUGGCCAACACAGAUGUCCGAUGGAACCAGAUAUCUAACGCAGUCGACUGCCGAACGCCCGAAGAGAUGGGUGAGAAGCCGCUGAAGAAUGACCGGUGGCGGAUUCCCAAGUCGCGUUAUGCUUCCAAUUCAACGUACAUUGCCGAGGAUGCCCGGUUACGACCAGAAUAUCUGGAUCCCGAUCUGGUGUUUGAUCCUGAAAUCAAGCAGACACUGAUGGACGGCGGUAUGGACGACCUGUUGGCAACUCACUUUGCUCAUCUGUUCAUCCGCGACCCCAUUGUCAUCUUUGCAGAGGACUUGGAGGAGCUCGACUUGAAGAAGACGGACCAUUUUGAGAAUAUUCAGUCCACCAACUGGCAACACAUGCGGUUCAAGCCACCACCAGCGGACAACAGCAUUGGGUGGCGCGUCGAGUUCCGCUCGAUGGAGAUCCAAAUUACGGACUUUGAGAAUGCUGCGUUCUCCGUCUUCAUGGUACUGGUCACGAGGGCGAUCCUGUCAUUUGAUCUCAACUUCUACGUGCCCAUCAAGAGGGUGGAUGAGAACAUGGAGAGGGCACAUGCCUUGGAUGGGGUGCUUCGAGAAAAGUUCUAUUUCCGCAAGAACCCGUUCCCGGCACGGCCAUCGCGAGCCAACACCGUAUUCGGUGAUGACAGUCGGCCUGGGUCUGCCAUGCCCAGCCGUCCUGCAUCGCCAGGUCUGGUAGAGGACGAGUACGAAGAGAUGACCGUCAACGAGAUCAUCAACGGUUCAAUGGAUGGCGAAUUUCCCGGGUUGGUUCCCAUUGUGGAGAGCUACCUCGAUAGCGUCAAUGUCGAUGUCGAGACGCGCUGUGAGCUGGCAACCUACCUCGAUCUCAUCAGCAAGCGCUCGAGUGGCGAGCUCGACACGACUGCCCGCUGGAUGCGCAACUUUAUUGCUGCGCAUCCCAACUACAAGCAAGACAGCGUGGUAGACGAGAAGAUCACGCACGACCUCGUUGGGGCGGCCAUUGCGAUUGGCGAGCGGGAGAAUGAGGGUCGGAACUUUGCUGGUCUCGGGAUUCCCGGUCUUCCCAAGCUGCUGGGCAAUUUCCGAGGGGGGUGCGGAGGCGGUGAUGAGAAUGGCGCAGUUGCUGGCGUCGACGGGUCGCCAUCUGAGACCAGGAAGCGUAAGAGCGACUGGAUCGAGGACGGCAGCGGUGCCAGCUGA